UAUAAACGAGCGCGCUCAGCCUGCCGCCAUUAUAUUGCUUAAUUCUCACAAGACACAUUACAGUCACAGUGAGCUUUAGGUUAUUUUUGUAUAACGAAAACUAGUCAACAUGAGGGAAUGUAUCAGUAUCCACGUCGGACAGGCUGGAGUCCAGAUCGGAAACGCCUGUUGGGAGUUGUACUGUCUGGAGCACGGUAUCCAGCCUGAUGGCCAGAUGCCCUCAGACAAGACCAUUGGAGGUGGAGAUGACUCGUUCAACACCUUCUUCAGCGAGACCGGAGCCGGCAAGCACGUGCCCCGAGCUGUCUUUGUCGAUCUCGAGCCCACCGUAGUCGAUGAGGUCAGGACCGGAACCUACCGUCAACUGUUCCACCCCGAGCAGCUGAUCACCGGUAAGGAGGAUGCCGCCAACAACUACGCCCGUGGUCACUACACCAUCGGUAAGGAGAUCGUCGAUCUCGUCCUUGACCGCAUCAGGAAGUUGGCUGACCAAUGUACCGGUCUCCAGGGAUUCCUCAUCUUCCACAGCUUCGGCGGUGGUACCGGAUCCGGAUUCACCUCCCUCCUUAUGGAGCGUCUCAGCGUCGACUACGGAAAGAAGUCCAAGCUGGAGUUCGCCAUCUACCCAGCUCCCCAGGUCUCCACUGCCGUCGUUGAGCCCUACAACUCCAUCCUGACCACCCAUACCACCCUCGAGCACUCCGACUGCGCCUUCAUGGUCGACAACGAGGCUAUCUACGAUAUCUGCCGCCGUAACUUGGACAUCGAGCGACCAACCUACACUAACUUGAACCGUCUGAUCGCCCAGAUCGUCAGCUCCAUCACCGCCUCCCUCCGUUUCGACGGGGCUCUGAACGUCGACUUGACCGAGUUCCAGACCAACUUGGUGCCCUACCCACGUAUCCAUUUCCCUCUGGCCACAUACGCCCCAGUCAUCUCCGCCGAGAAGGCCUACCACGAGCAGCUGUCUGUUGCUGAAAUCACCAACGCCUGCUUCGAGCCCGCCAACCAGAUGGUGAAAUGCGAUCCCCGUCACGGCAAAUACAUGGCUUGCUGCAUGUUGUACAGAGGAGAUGUUGUGCCCAAGGAUGUCAACGCUGCCAUCGCCACCAUCAAGACCAAGAGGACCAUCCAGUUCGUCGACUGGUGUCCAACUGGUUUCAAGGUCGGAAUCAACUACCAGCCACCCACCGUUGUGCCAGGAGGUGAUUUGGCCAAGGUACAGCGUGCCGUGUGCCUGUUGAGGAACACCACCGCCAUCGCCGAGGCCUGGGCUCGUCUUGACCACAAGUUCGAUCUUAUGUACGCCAAGCGUGCUUUCGUCCACUGGUACGUCGGAGAGGGGAUGGAGGAGGGAGAGUUCUCCGAGGCUCGUGGGGAUCUUGCUGCCCUUGAGAAGGAUUACGAAGAGGUCGGGGUCGACUCCGUUGAGGGUGAAGGAGAGGAGGAGGGAGAGGAGUAUUAAACUCUUUAUCCCCCACAAAAAUGACAUUCAUUGGCAAACGAACCGGCUAUGUCCCCCAGAUGAUGGUUUUUGAACAAGAACUCAAAUUUCUGUGAUAUUAGUUAUUUGACAAAAACUUUUUGUCUGUUGAUUAUUUUUUUUCAGGUUAAGAUCCAUGACUGAUUAAAAAAGAUAUCAAGUUGAACGUGAA